UUUUUUUUUUGAUGGAGUCUUGUUCUGUUGCCCAGGCUGGAGUGCAGUGGUGCGAUCUCGGCUCACUGCAACCUCUGCCUCCUGGGUUCAAUCCAUUCUCCUGCCUCAGCCUCCCAAAGUGCUGGGAUUACAGGCAUGCAACACCACACCCAGCCUGAAACCCAGAUUUUUAAUAUGAAAUCAAAGUCUUCGAACCUUGUAGGUGUCAUAAAAAGCACGCUGAGGACCACUAGUUUGCAACUGCCAAUCUAAAAUAUCAUAGACAUUAUAUCACUAACCAUGAAAAAAAAAGUAUGUGAGGCAGAAAAUGGAAGCAACCAUGCCUAAUUUAUUGUUGAAUACUUUUUCCGUAUACCAAGAGCUUUCUUUGCACUAGCAUCUGAAACUAUAUCCAGAAUGACAUUGGUUUUCAUAAAAGUGUUGAUCCUCACACCUCUUUAUAGUCUUGCACUUAGCACAGUGGAGUGAAACACUUUAAAUAGCACUUGUUCCUUGAGUAUAUAUGGAAAAAAGUGAAGUAUUGAUAAGUGUUCAGCUAAUAUGAGCAGCAUCUCAGGAAUCUCCAAUUCUUGAAUUACCAGGGAGUAUUUUUACCAUUUUCCCCCAGUGAAAGGCCUAUUUUGAGAGACUUACCCUCCAAAAUGAAUGUAUUAAGUCAUGUUCCUUUUUUUUUUUUUUUUUUUUUUUUUGAGACAGGGCCUUGCUGUGUUGCCCGGGCUGGAGUGCAGUAGCAUGAUAGUUACAGGAAAGGGGUCCCAAUCUAGACCCCAAGAGAGGGUUCUUGGAUCUUGUGCAAGAAAGAAUUCAGGGUGAUGCCACAGUGUGAAGUGAAAGCAAGUUUAUUAAGAAAGUAAAGGAGGAGGGGCAUGGCGGCUCACUCCUGUAAUCCCAGCACUUUGGGAGGCCGAGACAGGUGGAUCACGAGGUCAGGAGAUCAAGACCAUCCUGGUUAACAUGGUGAAACCUUGUCUCUACUAAAAAUACAAAAAAAUUAGCCAAGUGUGGUGGCGGGCGCCUGUAGUCCCACCUACUCUGGAGGCUGAGGCAGGAGAAUGGGAUGAACCCGGGAGGCGAAGCUUGCAGUAAGCCGAGAUCGUGCCACUGCACUCCAGCCUGGGUGACAGAGGGAGACUCCAUCUCAAAAAAAAAAAGAGAAAGUAAAGGAAUAAAAGAAUGGCUACCCCAUAGACAGAGCAGCCGUGAGGGCUGCUGGUUGCUCAUUUUUAUGGUUAUUUCUUGAUGAUAUGCUAAACAAGGGGUGGAUUUUUCAUGCCUCCUCUUUUUAGACCAUAUAGGGUAACUUCUUGAUGUUGCCAUGGCAUUUGUAAACUGUCAUGGUGCUGGUAAGAGUGUAGCAGGGAGGAUGAUGGGAGGUCAGUCUUGUCUCUAUUUUGGUUUUGGUGGGUUUUGGCCAGCUCCUUCACUGCAACCUGUUUUAUCAGCAAGGUCUUUAUGACUGGUAUUUUGUGCUGACCUUCUGUGUCAUCCUGUGACUUAGAAUGCCUUAACCAUCAGGGAAUGCAGCCCAGUAGUUUCAGCCUCAUUUUUCCCGGCUCCUAUUUAAGAUGGAGUUGCUCUGGUUCACACACCUCUGACAUGAUCACUGCUCACUGCGGCUUCCACCUCCCGGGUUCAAGAGAUCCUCCUGCCUCACCCUCCCAAGGUGCUGGGACUACAGGUGUGUGCCACCACGCUCAGCUAAUUUUUGUAUUUUUUGUAGAGACGGUGUUUUUCCAUGUUGCCCAGGCUGGUCUCAAACUCCUGGGCUCAAGCAAUCCUUCUGUCUCAGCCUCCCAAAGUACUGGGAUUACAGGCCUGUCCCACCAUGCCCAGACUAAUAUUUACUUUUAGUCAGACUAAGAUAGGGUUACUACUUGAGUUGCUAUGGCUCCAGCUGAAAGAAAGCCUGUGCAGUCAUAUCACGCGUAAACAUUUGCUUUAUGCUAAAAAUAUGGUGGACCUGGCAUUACAGCUAUUACAAAUCUCCUAAGUUGUCUCGGGUAGUGUGUUAGUUACUUUUCAUAGUGCUAUGAAGAAAUACUCGAACCUGGGUAAUUUAUAAAGAAAAAGAGGUUUAAUGUACUCACAGUUCCACAAGGCUGGGGAGACCUCAGAAUCAUGGUGGAAGGCAAAGAAGGAGCAAAAAGGUAUGUCUUACAUGGCAGCAGGCAAGAGAGCACGUGCAGGGAAACUGCCCUUUAUAAAACCAUCAGAUUUAGUGAGAUGUAUUCACUAUCAUGAGAACAGUAUGGGAAAAACCUGCCCCCAUGAUUCGAUUACCUCCUACCGUGUCCCUCCCACGACACAUGGGGAUUAUGGGAACUACAAUUCAAGAUGAAAUUUCGGUGGGGACGCAGCCAAACCAUAUCGGGUAGCAACAACCUAGGGUCAGUUUUGCAGGUGGUAAAGCCAUUUACCAAGAUAGUUGUAGGUAAAGAAGGGCAGAUUUAUUAGAGAAAUUAUGAAAAUAUGUUGGAAUGGGCAGCUCAGCAGAGACGGGGCUACCUGCAAAGAGGCAAGGGCUGGAGGAAAGUUUUAUAGGGUCCUGCUGAAGGGUGCUAUGUGUGGAAUGAGGUCAUUGUGCCCGCAGGUUGUUUGUGAUUAGCUGUCUCUAACAAUUGUUCAUACAAUAAUUGUUCAUUAUUGUUCUCAACUUGGGGCUCUUCCCAACCUGGGGACCCUUCCUUAUUGUUGCUUACUUAUCAGGACUCCACAUAAGGGUGUGGAAACUUCAUUCAUUCAUAUCUUCAACACAAAUUGUAGGUAGCCUGUUUUUUAAAACAUUUAUUCAACAAAUAUUUAGUCCAAGUCACUAUUACUUAUUAUCUUCUCUACUAUUGUAUGGACUUUUAACUAUCUCUGACACUAUUCACUAUUCUUCCACAUUCUCUAUUAUUUAUACCUAUGGUAAAAUUUGCCAGUUUGACCAUACAACUAAUACUCACAGGGAAUAUAUAGAGUCUAGAAGAAAAUAUACAGGUCCUUAAAGGCUGCCCUGCCAACAAAACCAUAAUGCAGGAGCAAACAUCACAACUAUGCCAAAUAAUCAAUCCUACAAUGUCCAAAAUUUUACUUUAAAACUGGAAUUUCCAGACUUCCUUUCUGCAUUAACCAGUUUAACUAGACAGUAACGAAAUAUUCCUCUUACUUUAUGCUGUGAUAGUUUGUUUAUUUAUUUAUUUGAGACAGAGUUUCGCUCUUGUUGCCCAGGCUGGAGUGCAGUGGCACGAUCUCAGCUCACCACAACCUCCGCCUCCCAGGUUCAAGCGAUUCUCCUGCCUCAGCCUCCCGAGUAGCUGGGAUUACAGGCAUGUACCACCACGCCCGGGUAAUUUUGUAUUUUUAGUAGAGACGGGGGUUUCUCCAUGUUGGUCAGGCUGGUCUAGAACUCCUGACCUCAGGUGAUACCCCUGCCUCAGCCUCCCAAUGUGCUGGGAUUACAGGUGUGAAGCCACCGUGCCCGGCUGCUGUGAUAGUUGAGAUGUAAACCAAAAAUAAAAUUCUAAGCCACCCAAUCCGACUGAAUGGACCCUUCCUGUUGACCAAGGACAUUCCAAAGUAAACUGAAAAGACCAGCUUAGGCCAUGAUGGGAAGGGGAGGUGUCAACAUGCCUCAUUCUACCUUCCUCCCUCUGGAAUCCAGACACAACUGACCAGCAUUAACAUUAAAACAGAGGUCUUAAGCUGGGCACAGUGGCUCAUGCCUGUAAUCCCAGCACUUUGGGAGGCCAAGGUGGGAUCACCUGAGGUCAGAAGUUCAAGACCAGCCUGGCCAGUAUGGUGAAGCCAUGUCUCCACUAAAAAUACAAAAUUAGCCGGACAUUGUGGUGCACGUCUGUCAUCCCAGCAAGGCAGGAGAAUCACUUGAACCCAGGAAGCAGAGGUUGCAGUGAGCCAGGAUCAUGCCAUUGCACUCCAGCCUGGUCAACAGAGCGAGACUCCGCCUCAUUAAAAAAAAAAAAAAAAAUUAGCCGGGCGUGGUGGCGGGCACAUGUAGUCCCAGCUACUAGGGAGGCUGAGGCAGGAGAAUGGUGUGAACCAGGGAGGCGGAGCUUGCAGUGAGCCGAGAUUGUGCCACUGCACUCCAGCCUGUACAGAAAUGCAUUUCAUAAUGCAUUUUAAUUGCAUUAGCAGUGAUUUAAUUUUUUUAGAUGCUAAAACUUAUGGGUGAAAGUGGAUUAAAUGUAGCCAAAUGCAACAUCAAAAUCUUCAGGCGCAAAAACCCAUUAACUUUUUCAUACUCUCAGAAGAUGAACCUAAUUUCAAAUGAAAGCUGCCUCCAGAAUAUAUUAAGCGUAUUCUAGAUAUAAUUCAUUUUGGCAAACAUACUGUAGAAAUUCACAUAACAUUUUACUGUACUAAAAGUAAAUUGCCCAUGUAACAAAAAAUAUCUUUUCAGAGCUUCAAAUGAAUUUUAAAGGAUGACUGAUGGUCCUUGGAAGAGAAACAGUAAACAAAUAAGGUUUCAGGCACAGAACUGUAUAUCCAAUAAUAGUGAAAUGGAUCCCACUAAUUAUGACCGAAAUGAUGAUACAUUUAAAUGACUUGGAUGUUUUAUAGGUAUGAUCUCGUGAAACCUUGAGAGAAACUGAAUGACGAAUGAAACUGUUGUUCCUGUUUCACACAGAAGAAAACUGAGGUUGGCACUCAUCAUGAGCCCCUGUUCUCAUUCUGCAAAUGGUGAAGCUCUCUAUUGUCCUGACCCCACAGUUCCUGUCCCAUGACCAGGGCCAGCUCACCAAGGAGCUGCAGCAGCACGUAAAGUCAGUGACAUGCCCAUGCGAGUACCUGAGGAAGGUUAUCAAUACUCUGGCUGACCAUCAUCAUCGUGGGACUGACUUUGGUGGAAGUCCUUGGUUAGAUAUCAUUAUUGAAUUUCCGAGAAGUUAUAAAGUUGUCAUUAUCCUCUGGACAGUUUACCUUUGGUUGUCUUUCCUGAAGACUAUCUUCCAGUCUGAAAAUGGACAUGAUGGAUCCACAGAUGUACAGCAGAGAGCCUGGAGGUCCAACCGCCGUAGACAGGAAGGGCUGAGGUCCAUUUGUAUGCACACAAAGAAAAGAGUUUCUUCCUUUCCAGGAAAUAAAAUUGGCCGGAAGGACGUCAUUACUCUGUGGAGACAUGUGAAAACCAAAGUUAGAGCUAAAAUCCGUAAGAUGAAGGUGACAACGAAAAUCAACCAUCAUGACAAAAUCAAUGGAAAGAGGAAGACCACCAAAAAACAGAAAAUGUUUCAACGUGCGCAAGAGUUGCGGCGGCGGGCAGAGGACUACCACAAACGCAAAAUCCCCCCUUCUGCAAGAAAGCCUCUUUGCAACUGGGUCAGAAUGGCGGCAGCGGAGCAUCGUCAUUCUUCAGGAUUGCCCCACUGGCCCUACCUCACAGCUGAAACUUUAAAAAACAGGAUGGGCCACCAGCCACCUCCUCCAACUCAACAACAUUCUAUAACUGAUAACUCCCUGAGCCUCAAGACACGUGCCGAGUGUCUGGUCUAUCCCCUUCCACCCUCAGCGGAUGAUAAUCUCACGACGCCUCCCGAGUGUUUCCUCACUCCUCUUCCACCCUCAGCUCCACCCUCAGCUCCACCCUCAGCGGAUGAUAAUCUCAAGACACCUCCCUUAGCUACUCAGGAGGCUGAGGCAGAAAAACCACCCAAACCCGAGAGACAGAGGGCCGCUGACGUGGAACCACCACCGAAACCCGAGAGGCGGAGGGCCGGUGACGUGCAACCAUCACGGAAACCCGAGAGGCGGAGGGCCGCUGACGUGCAACCAUCACGGAAACCCGAGAGGCGGAGGGCCGCUGACGUGCAACCAUCACGGAAACCCGAGAGGCGGAGGGCCGCUGACGUGCAACCAUCACGGAAACCCGAGAGGCGGAGGGCCGCUGACGUCGAACCAGCACCGAAACCCGAGAGGCGGAGGGCCGCAGUGGAUGAUAAGACACCUGCCGAGUUUCUGGUCUAUCCUCUUCCACCCUCAGCGGAUGAUAAUCUCGAAACGCCUCUCGAGUGUCUCCUCACUCCUCUUCCACCCUCACCUCCAUCCUCAGCGGAUGAUAAGACACCUGCCGAGUUUCUGGUCUAUCCCCUUCCACCCUCAGCGGAUGAUGAUCUCGAAAUGCCUCUCGAGUGUCUCCUCACUCCUCUUCCACCCUCACCUCCAUCCUCAGCUCCACCCUCAGCGGAUGAUGAUCUCGAAAUGCCUCUCGAGUGUCUCCUCACUCCUCUUCCACCCUCACUUCCAUCCUCAGCUCCACCCUCAGCGGAUGAUGAUCUCGAAAUGCCUCUCGAGUGUCUCCUCACUCCUCUUCCACCCUCACCUCCAUCCUCAGCUCCACCCUCAGCGGAUGAUGAUCUCGAAAUGCCUCUCGAGUGUCUCCUCACUCCUCUUGCACCCUCACCUCCAUCCUCAGCUCCACCCUCAGCGGAUGAUGAGACACCUGCCGAGUUUGUGGUCUAUCCCCUUCCACCCUCAGCGGAUGAUGAUCUCGAAAUGCCUCUCGAGUGUCUCCUCACUCCUCUUCCACCCUCACCUCCAUCCUCAGCUCCACCCUCAGCGGAUGAUGAUCUCGAAAUGCCUCUCGAGUGUCUCCUCACUCCUCUUCCACCCUCACCUCCAUCCUCAGCUCCACCCUCAGCGGAUGAUGAUCUCGAAAUGCCUCUCGAGUGUCUCCUCACUCCUCUUCCACCCUCACCUCCAUCCUCAGCUCCACCCUCAGCGGAUGAUGAUAUCGAAAUGCCUCUCGAGUGUCUCCUCACUCCUCUUCCACCCUCACCUCCAUCCUCAGCUCCACCCUCAGCGGAUGAUGAUAUCGAAAUGCCUCUCGAGUGUCUCCUCACUCCUCUUCCACCCUCACCUCCAUCCUCAGCUCCACCCUCAGCGGAUGAUGAGACACUUGCCGAGUUUGUGGUAUAUCUCCUUCCACCCUCAGCGGAUGAUGAUCUCGAAACGCCUCUCGAGUGUCUCCUCACUCCUCUUGCACCCUCACCUCCAUCCUCAGCUCCACCCUCAGCGGAUGAUGAGACACCUGCCGAGUUUGUGGUCUAUCCCCUUCCACCCUCAGCGGAUGAUGAUCUCGAAAUGCCUCUCGAGUGUCUCCUCACUCCUCUUCCACCCUCACCUCCAUCCUCAGCUCCACCCUCAGCGGAUGAUGAUCUCGAAAUGCCUCUCGAGUGUCUCCUCACUCCUCUUCCACCCUCACCUCCAUCCUCAGCUCCACCCUCAGCGGAUGAUGAUCUCGAAAUGCCUCUCGAGUGUCUCCUCACUCCUCUUGCACCCUCACCUCCAUCCUCAGCUCCACCCUCAGCGGAUGAUGAGACACCUGCCGAGUUUGUGGUCUAUCCCCUUCCACCCUCAGCGGAUGAUGAUCUCGAAAUGCCUCUCGAGUGUCUCCUCACUCCUCUUCCACCCUCACCUCCAUCCUCAGCUCCACCCUCAGCGGAUGAUGAUCUCGAAAUGCCUCUCGAGUGUCUCCUCACUCCUCUUCCACCCUCACCUCCAUCCUCAGCUCCACCCUCAGCGGAUGAUGAUCUCGAAAUGCCUCUCGAGUGUCUCCUCACUCCUCUUCCACCCUCACCUCCAUCCUCAGCUCCACCCUCAGCGGAUGAUGAUAUCGAAAUGCCUCUCGAGUGUCUCCUCACUCCUCUUCCACCCUCACCUCCAUCCUCAGCUCCACCCUCAGCGGAUGAUGAUAUCGAAAUGCCUCUCGAGUGUCUCCUCACUCCUCUUCCACCCUCACCUCCAUCCUCAGCUCCACCCUCAGCGGAUGAUGAGACACUUGCCGAGUUUGUGGUAUAUCUCCUUCCACCCUCAGCGGAUGAUGAUCUCGAAACGCCUCUCGAGUGUCUCCUCACUCCUCUUGCACCCUCACCUCCAUCCUCAGCUCCACCCUCAGCGGAUGAUGAGACACCUGCCGAGUUUGUGGUCUAUCCCCUUCCACCCUCAGCGGAUGAUGAUCUCGAAAUGCCUCUCGAGUGUCUCCUCACUCCUCUUCCACCCUCACCUCCAUCCUCAGCUCCACCCUCAGCGGAUGAUGAUCUCGAAAUGCCUCUCGAGUGUCUCCUCACUCCUCUUCCACCCUCACCUCCAUCCUCAGCUCCACCCUCAGCGGAUGAUGAUCUCGAAAUGCCUCUCGAGUGUCUCCUCACUCCUCUUCCACCCUCACCUCCAUCCUCAGCUCCACCCUCAGCGGAUGAUGAUCUCGAAAUGCCUCUCGAGUGUCUCCUCACUCCUCUUCCACCCUCACCUCCAUCCUCAGCUCCACCCUCAGUGGAUGAUGAUCUCGAAAUGCCUCUCGAGUGUCUCCUCACUCCUCUUCCACCCUCACCUCCAUCCUCAGCUCCACCCUCAGCGGAUGAUGAGACACUUGCCGAGUUUGUGGCAUAUCUCCUUCCACCCUCAGCGGAUGAUGAUCUCGAAAUGCCUCUCGAGUGUCUCCUCACUCCUCUUCCACCCUCACCUCCAUCCUCAGCUCCACCCUCAGCGGAUGAUGAGACACCUGCCGAGUUUGUGGUCUAUCCCCUUCCACCCUCAGCAGAUGAUAAUCUCGAAACGCCUCUCGAGUGUCUCCUCACUCCUCUUCCACCCUCACCUCCAUCCUCAGCAGAUGAUAAGACACCUGCCGAGUUUCUGGUCUAUCCCCUUCCACCCUCAGCGGAUGAUGAUCUCGAAAUGCCUCUCGAGUGUCUCCUCACUCCUCUUCCACCCUCACCUCCAUCCUCAGCUCCACCCUCAGCGGAUGAUGAGACACCUGCCGAGUUUGUGGUCUAUCCCCUUCCACCCUCAGCGGAUGAUGAUCUCGAAAUGCCUCUCGAGUGUCUCCUCACUCCUCUUCCACCCUCACCUCCAUCCUCAGCUCCACCCUCAGCGGAUGAUGAGACACUUGCCGAGUUUGUGGUCUAUCUCCUUCCACCCUCAGCGGAUGAUGAUCUCGAAACGCCUCUCGAGUGUCUCCUCACUCCUCUUCCACCCUCAUCUCCAUCCUCAGCUCCACCCUCAGUGGAUGAUAAGACACCUGACGAGUUUGUGGUCUAUCCGCUUCCACCCUCAGUGGAUGAUAAUCUCGAAACACCUCUCGAGUGUCUCCUCACUCCUCUUCCACCCUCACCUCCAUCCUCAGCGGAUGAUAAGACACCUGCCGAGUUUCUGGUCUAUCCCCUUCCACCCUCAGCGGAUGAUGAUCUCGAAACGCCUCUCGAGUGUCUCCUCACUCCUCUUCCACCCUCAGCUCCACCCUCAGUGGAUGAUAAUCUCAAGACACCUCCCUUAGCUACUCAGGAGGCUGAGGCAGAAAAACCACCGAAACCCGAGAGGCGGAGGGCCACUGACGUGGAACCACCACACAAACCCGAGAGGCGGAGGGCUGCUGACCUGGAAUCGCCACUGAAACCCGAGAGGCGGAGCGGCGCUGACGCGCAGCCAUCACGGAAACCCGAGAGGCGGAGGGCCGCUGACCUGGAAUCACCACCGAAACCCGAGAGGCGGAGCACCGCUGACGUGCAACCAUCACCGAAACCCGAGAGGCGGAGCACCGCUGACGCGCAGCCAUCACCGAAACCCGAGAGGCGGAGCGCCGCUGACCUGGAAUCACCACCGAAACCCGAGAGGCGGAGCGCCGCUGACGCGCAGCCGUCGCCGAAACCCAAGAGGCGGAGCGCCGCUGACGCGCAGCCGUCGCCGAAACCCGAGAGGCGGAGCGCCGCUGACGCGCAGCCGUCGCCGAAACCUGAGAGGCGGAGCGCUGCUGACCUGGAAUCGCCACCGAAACCCGAGAGGCGGAGCGCCGCUGACGCGCAGCCAUCACCGAAACCUGAGAGGCGGAGCGCUGCUGACCUGGAAUCACCACCGAAACCCGAGAGGCGGAGCGCCGCUGACGCGCAGCCGUCGCCGAAACCCGAGAGGCGGAGCGCCGCUGAGGCGCAGCCGUCGCCGAAACCCGAGAGGCGGAGCGCCGCUGAGGCGCAGCCGUCGCCGAAACCCGAGAGGCGGAGCGCCGCUGAGGCGCAGCCAUCGCCGAAACCUGAGAGGCGGAGCGCCGCUGACCUGGAAUCACCACCGAAACCCGAGAGGCGGAGCGCCGCUGAGGCGCAGCCGUCGCCGAGACCCGAGAGGCGGAGCGCUGCUGACCUGGAAUCACCACCGAAACCCGAGAGGCGGAGCGCCGCUGACCUGGAAUCACCACCGAAACCCGAGAGGCGGAGGGCCGCUGACGCGCAAGCAUCACCGAAACCCGAGAGGCAGAGCGCCGCUGACGCGCAGCCGUCGCCGAAACCCGAGAGGCGGAGCGCCGCUGACCUGGAAUCACCACCGAAACCCGAGAGGCGGAGGGCCGCUGACGCGCAAGCAUCACCGAAACCCGAGAGGCGGAGCGCCUCUGACGCGCAGCCGUCGCCGAAACCCGAGAGGCGGAGGGCCGCUGACCUGGAAUCACCACCGAAACCCGAGAGGUGGAGCGCCGCUGACGCGCAGCCAUCACCGAAACCUGAGAGGCAGAGCGCCGCUGACGCGCAGCCAUCACUGAAACCCGAGAGGCGGAGUGCCGCUGACGCGCAGCCGUCGCCGAAACCCGAGAUGCGGAGCGCCGCUGAGGCGCAGCCGUCGCCGAAACCCGAGAGGCGGAGCGCCGCUGAGGCGCAGCCGUCGCCGAAACCCGAGAGGCGGAGCGCCGCUGAGGCGCAGCCGUCGCCGAAACCUGAGAGGCGGAGCGCCGCUGACCUGGAAUCACCACCGAAACCCGAGAGGCGGAGCGCCGCUGAGGCGCAGCCGUCGCCGAAACCCGAGAGGCGGAGCGCUGCUGACCUGGAAUCACCACUGAAACCCGAGAGGCGGAGCACCGCUGACCUGGAAUCACCAUCGAAACCCGAGAGGCGGAGGGCCGCUGACGCGCAAGCAUCACCAAAACCCGAGAGGCGUAGGGCUGCUGACGCGCAACCAUCACCGAAACCCGAGAGGCAGAGGGCCGCUGACCUGGAAUCACCACCGAAACCCGAGAGGCGGAGCGCCGCUGACGCGCAACCAUCACCGAAACCCGAGAGGCGGAGGACCGCUGACCUGGAAUCACCACUGAAACCCGAGAGGCGGAGGGCCGCUGACCUGGAAUCACCACCGAAACCUGAGAGGCGGAGCGCUGCUGACGCGCAACCAUCACCGAAACCCGAGAGGCAGAGCGCCGCUGACGCGCAGCCAUCACCGAAACCCGAGAGGCGGAGUGCCGCUGACGCGCAGCCAUCACCGAAACCUGAGAGGCGGAAGGCUGCUGACCUGGAAUCACCACCGAAACCCGAGAGGUGGAGGGCCGCUGACAGGGAACGGCCACGCAAACCCCCACGCAAACCCAAGAGGUGGAGGGCCGCUGACAGGGAACGGCCACGCAAACCCCCACGCAAACCCAAGAGGCGGAGCGCCGCUGAGGCGCAGCCGUCGCCGAAACCCGAGAGGCGGAGCGCCACUGACGCGGAAUCUCCACGCAAACCCAAGAGGCGGAGGGCCGCUGACGUGGAACCGCCACACAAACCCAAGAGGCGGAGGGCUGCUGACGUGGGACGGCCACGCAAACCCCCACGCAAACCCAAGAGGCGGAGCGCCGCUAAGGCGCAGCCGCCGCCGAAACCCGAGAGGCGGAGCGCCGCUGACCCGCAGCCGCCGCCGAAACCCGAGAGGCGGAGUGCCGCUGACGCGCAGCGGUCGCCGAAACCCGAGAGGCCGAGCGCCGCUGAGGCGCAGCCGUCGCCGAAACCCGAGAGGCGGAGCGCCGCUGACCUGGAAUCACCACCGAAACCCGAGAGGUGGAGCGCCGCUGACGCGCAGCCUUCGCCGAAACCCGAGAGGCGGAGCGCCGCUGACCUGCAGCCGUCGCCGAAACCCGAGAGGCGGAGCGCCGCUGACGCGCAGCCGUCGCCGAAACCCGAGAGGCGGAGCGCCGCUGACGCGCAGCCGUCGCCGAAACCCGAGAGGCGGAGCGCCGCUGAGGCGCAGCCGUCGCCGAAACCCGAGAGGCGGAGCGCCGCUGACGCGCAGCCGUCGCCAAAACCCGAGAGGCGGAGCGCUGCUGACCUGCAGCCGUCGCCGAAACCCGAGAGGCGGAGCGCCGCUGACGCGCAGCCGUCGCCGAAACCCGAGAGGCGGAGCGCCGCUGACGCGCAGCCUUCGCCGAAACCUGAGAGGCGGAGCGCUGCUGAGCUGGAGUCACCACCGAAACCCGAGAGGCGGAGCGCCGCUGACGCGCAGCCGUCGCCGAAACCCGAGAGGCGGAGCGCCGCUGAGGCGCAGCCGUCGCCGAAACCCGAGAGGCGGAGCGCCGCUGACGCGCAGCCUUCGCCGAAACCUGAGAGGCGGAGCGCUGCUGAGCUGGAAUCACCACCGAAACCCGAGAGGCGGAGCGCCGCUGAGGCGCAGCCGUCGCCGAAACCCGAGAGGCGGAGUGCCGCUGAGGCGCAGCCGUCGCCGAAACCUGAGAGGCGGAGCGCCGCUGACCUGGAAUCACCACCGAAACCCGAGACGCGGAGCGCCGCUGACCUGGAAUCACCACCGAAACCCGAGACGCGGAGCACCGCUGACGCGCAGCCAUCAUCGAAACCUGAGAGGCGGAGCGCCGCUGACCUGGAAUCACCACCGAAACCCGAGAGGCAGAGCGCUGCUGACGCGCAGCCGUCGCCGAAAUCUGAGAGGCGGAGCGCCGCUGACGCGCAGCCGUCGCCGAAACCCGAGAGGCGGAGCGCCGCUGACGCGGAACCGCCUCGCAAACCCAAGAGGCGGAGGGCAGCUGACAUUGAACCAUCAUCACCCGAACCCAAGAGGCGGAGGGUCGGUGACGUGGAACUGCCACGCAAACCCAAGAGGCCGAGGGCUGCCGACGUGGAACCAUCAUUACCUGAACCCAAGAGGCGGAGAGUCGGUGACGUGGAACUGCCACGCAAACGCAAGAGGCCGCAGGCCGCCGACGUGGAACCAUCAUUACCCGAACCCAAGAGGCGGAGGGUCGGUGACGUGCAACCAUCAUCACCCGGACGCAAGAGGCGGAGGUUGAAUUAGCUGAGAACAGGCCAUUGCACUCAAGCCUGAGCAGUAAAAAUAAAACUGAGUAGAACAAAAUAAAAAGAUCAAAAAACAAAACCCACACUCCAAAAACAAAGAAUAAAUAAAUAAUAUAAAAAUAAAAUAAA